GCAGCCUUGGCAGCCCAGUGGGCAGCAGCUCCAUAUCUCAAGAUUGAGUGGUUCGCGCAAUUGGUGGAUAACAUAUAUGCGUCCUCUCUAUUCCUUUUGACACUUUGGUCAAAGCAGAAGAAGAACCAUAGCUCCGUCACGGGGCGAUGCCAAGCGUAAAUUUCAAUCGCAUCUUCAUAAAUCCCGACUUAUUUUUCUUAAGUUUCGUUCAGAAUGAGACUCUGGACGCUAUUUUGGAUCGCGCUUUCAAACUUCAUCAUUCCAGCGCUCUUUUCGGUUGUCCAGAUCAUCGUCAUUUACUGCGAAGUAAACCCAGCGGUCAUCAAUCAAACAAUGCUGGCAAAUAUGUCAAUUGCAGUUAUCGGCAUCGUCUUUGCAACAGUAUGGGCGGGCUCAGUUAACAGCCAGAUCGUUCGAUCGGAUGCCGAACCAGUUGCAGAAGUCGAAAAAUCUGUCGUGAAAGGAAGCGUGAUGCAUUUUGCGACUCGGGGUACCUAUGAGACGCGCGACGCAUCACAUAUAACCUAUCAACUUCCGGCAAUAUCUGGUCUUCGA